AUGAACAUCAACACUACUACUACAACAACAUCUACAACAACAUCAUCAAUAUCUGAUGACAACAACAACAACAAUGACAACAUUGACAACAACAAUGAACAAGAACAAGGACAGGAACAAGAACAAAAGGAAUUCGAUACAAAUAUGAUCAAACAUCCUUUACAACAUAGAUGGUCAUUGUGGUUUGAUCAUAGGAGUCAGAAGACAUCACAGGAUGAUUGGGCAGAUGCCUUGAAGAAGAUAAUCAGCUUUGAUACGGUGGAGGACUUUUGGUGCGUGUUCAACAAUCUCCCACCAAUCAGCACGAUCAAGCAGGGCAGCAGCUUCCACCUGUUCAAAGAGGACAUUGAGCCAAAGUGGGAGCAUGAGGCCAAUAAGCGUGGUGGAAAAUGGUCCAUUGCCACACGUGACAGGACCGCCAUGGACAACCAAUGGCUACAGACUGUGAUGGCUUGCAUUGGAGAGACAUUCGAUUACAGUGACGAGGUAUGUGGUGUUGUGUUCAGCUCUAGAAAGGCUGGCGACAAGAUCACCCUUUGGACAAAGCAUGGGCAGGAUGAGAAGGCUGCAAAGGAUAUAGGAAGCUAUGGCAACAAGUGUCUGUAUGAAUUGUAA